CAGGGAGUCUCUGGUCCCUAGAGGAGACAGGGACCAUGUCUGGACUCCACUUUUGCUACCUCUGUUGUCCUUCCUGUCUGUUUCUCCAUAAAUACCAUCUGUCCACCCUUGCUUUCUGUGCCUCUUACUCCCCCUGCACAUACAACACAUACAUACACAUACGGGCCUGCCCAAGACCAUCGUACUGAGUUGGCCCUGGAAGGGUUAACCCUGGGCUGUUCCCCGGUAUGCUACUGAGUAAACAGGCACCCACAAAGGAAGGGCUAGCCACCGCCUGCAUGGCAGGAUCUCAAGAAGCUGACAGAGAAACAGCCAGGAGUGGGCAGAGUCUGGGACGAACCAUAGUCACACAGCAGAGUUGGGGUUCAGGUCUGGGAUGGGUGCCUGGGAUCUUCCAGCCGCAUCUUGGCCCAUCUCUCCACCUGCCUCAAGCUGGGACCGUUCCAAGGGCUGAUGCAUCAGAGAGAACUCCGGAUUGACUUGGGGGUGUGGGAGGUGAAGGUUUUCCGCCGAGCAGACAAGAAUGAUGAUGGGAAGCUCUCAUUUGAAGAAUUCCAGAAUUACUUUGCUGAUGGGGUUCUCAGCCCCGGGGAGCUGCGAGAGCUGUUCAGUGGUGUUGAUGGGCAUCCCGCUGACAAUUUGGAAACGGAGAAACUGUGUGACUACUUCUCUGAACACCUGGGUGUCUACCGGCCUGUGCUGGCGGCGCUGGAGUCGCUCAACUGUGCUGUGCUCACUGCCAUGGACACCACCAAGCUGGAGUAUGAGCGGGCCUCCAAGGUGGACCAGUUUGUGACACGCUUCCUACUGCGGGAGACGGUGAGCCAGCUCCAGGCCCUGCAGAGCUCGCUGGAGGGGGCGUCAGACACUUUGGAGGCCCAGGCCCAUGGCCCGCGGUCAGAUGAAGAGAGGGUGGAGGUGCCGAGCCGGCCCCGAGGCAGCCGGCGGGCAGGGCGCAGGGCCCUGCGGAGCGUCAGUCGAUCGUCCACCUGGUCUCCUGGCUCCUCCAACACAGGGCAGAGCUCCGAGGCCGAGAUGCAGUGGCGACUCCAGAUCAACCGCCUUCAAGAGCUCAUUGACCAGCUGGAGUGCAAGGCCCCCCGGCUGGAACCCCUGCACGAAGAGGAGCUGACCAAGGGGCCCAGCUCGCACAUCCUCGUGGCCCAGAGGCAGGUGCAGGUGGCUGAGGAAGCCCUGCAGGACUUCCGCCACGCCCUGUGCUGCUACGUGGACUUCACGGGGUCCCAGAGCCACUGCCUGCAUGUGUCUGCCCAGAAGAUGCUGGACAAGGCUUCCUUCACCCUGUAUGAGUUCUGGCAGGACGAGGCCUCCUGGAGAAGGCACCAGCAGUCCGCCUGCAGUAAGGCCUUCCAGCGCAUCCUCAUUGACCAUCUGCGGGCUCCAGACACCCUCACCACUGUGUUCUUCCCAGCCUCCUGGUGGAUUAUGAAUAAUAACUGAGCCCAAUUUGCACAAGCCAAGGACUCCAGAGCCCUGCCUGCCUCCUCCUGGAGCGUCCGGACUGGUCAGCUCCACUCAGCUCAAGACCAGGAUGCUGCCACCUCCGUAACUGGGGCCCGGCUCUCAGCCUCCCAGAGCCAGCUGGUGGAGAGUCUCACAGCCCAGGGAUCAGAGACUGGGCUGCUUGCUUCCUCUUUCUUUCUUUAACAGUGUGUUUUAUUGCUUAUAGCUUCGGCCUCUGAGAUACUCUGGUAUUUGUCUGGCCUCAGGAGGCCUGGAUUCUGGUCCCCUCUGUCCUGCCUUGCUGUGUGACCAGGGCAGGUCCCUUCCCUCUCUGAGUUGGCCUUGGGCUGUCUGGCUACCUAGUGGGUGCCUGCUUUCUUCUUGCUGUCUUGGGACCAGGCUUCUGCUCUUCCCCAGCCAGCAGCAGAGCCAGGGCUGAUGCUCAGGAACUGUCCUCCACCCCCUGCCCCUGACCUCCAUCCCCAAGACUGGGCUGGAUCAGUCUGCCGUGUGGGCAAAGGACUUGGGGGUCCCCACCCCCUUCCUGGGCCGGCAUGCUCCUGACGAUUUCAGCACCUGUGGCUGCACCAGAGCCCUCCGGAGGAUCCUGGAUUGGUUUGCAUGUUAUUUGCAUAUUAUUUGCAUGCUCAUUCCCACCCAUAGUCAGGGCACUAUGGGAAGCCCCAGGGUGACCUUGCUAGGUAGCAAUAAUUUGGGCCCAGAGUCACCUGCUGCCCCCAGAUACCUCUGAACCCCAGCCCAGAGGCAAUAAAGGCAGUGGUCACCUCUGGCA